UUCGAAUUAAGAAAGCAAAUUUGGCAGUUUUUUCGCCUAAACACAUUACACACAGUAUACACACACUUCUUCUUUCUCACUCUACGGACAAGUCCUUCCCGUUUCUCUCUCUACCUGUAUGUGCGUUCUUUACGUAUUCGGAGGAAUUUCGACGAGCUGGAGGGCGGAGUUUUGAGGUUGUGGCGCUUUUGCUGUGGAGCUUGAAGUGUUUGUUGGAGUUAGGGUUAUGAAGGAAAACGUGGCCCUUCUUCCAUUGGGAUUGAGUUGAGGGGGAAUCAAAGGUGAGGGUUUCGUCACCGAAUGGAGGGAGGUAGCGUCUCUACACUUAUUUCUUCUGGUAUACUCCGAUGGAUUAUAAUGACAAUGACUAUGAAGGCCACAAUCUUCACUUAGCCGGUGAAGAGAAUUCUAAAUUUUCUUCUGUUCUGCGACCCUUUGCUCUUCCUAAGUUUGAUUUUGAUGACAGUCUCCAAGGUCAUUUGAGAUUUGAUAGUCUAGUUGAAAACGAAGUUUUUCUUGGUAUUCCAAGUCAAGAAGACAAUCAUUGGAUUGAGGAUUUCUCACGGGGAGGCAGUGGAAUAGAGUUCAGCUCCAGUGCAACAGAAUCUUGUGCUUUGCCAAGGCACAUCAAUGUCUGGUCUGAGGCAACAUCUUCCGAAUCUGUUGAAAUGUUACUGAAGGCAGUUGGACAGGAAGAAAUGGUUCCGGGUGAGAAUUUGAUGAAAGAGUCAAAUCCAGGUAACAUGCUAGGUAGCUCAACAAGACAAGUGGAGAACGUGGGGCAGGAUAAUACAAUUGAUGAUGUUAAUGACUUAAAAGAUUCUUCAAUAUCACCUGCUGAAGUUGAGGGGAAUAUUUCGAGGUCAAAUCAGAGUGAUGAAAUAGAAGGCGUUCAAACUGAGGUUUCUGUACAUGCUGGGGGGACAAGUGCUUCUUGUUAUGGAGUGGCUGGUGAUGGAAACAAAGGAUUUGUCUUCCUGACCUCGGAAACUUCGGAGGUUCACUUGAAGAUAGCUUGUGAUAAUCAAGAAGAAACUUGUGGUUUGGUGAAUGAAUCUGUGUCCACUCACGUGCAACAAGAAACUGUCCCUGUUCGUCAAACUGAUGAUAAAAUUGAAAGUUCUCCGCAGAAUGUUGCUGCUUGUGCUAUGGAGUUUGUUGACCAGGAUAACGUCAGUGAUGUUGGUGUUGUAAGUUCAAGUGAUGUAACACAUGCCAUUUCUCAGGAACAAGAGAAAGGAUGCAACCCAAAUGAAGGGAAUUUGGGUGCUGAAACUGAAGUUACUGAGUGCCAUUCUUCCCAUGAGAUUCCUUCACCAAUGGAAUCUUCAAGAGGAGAGCACUUGGUUCAAAUUGGUGUUGCUAAUUUUUCCGACGUUCCUACUGUGACUCAAGACGGCGAGUCUGUGUCCACAAAAGAUAGGUGCAAUGAGGUUGUAUUUGAUGCUGCAGGUGACAGUCAUUGUAGAACAACGGUCUUUGCUCCAAGCACAGAGAUUAAGAAGUCUGAAGGCUGUAGCCUUUUUCAUGAGUCAUCUAUCUCCCUUCAGGGAGAAGCUGUUGAGCACCUAGAAGUGCUAGGUAGCGAUGCUAUUACCUCUACAGUCUCUGGAGAUACUGAGCCCAAUCAGGUACCUGCUAUCCAACCGAAUGACAACCCGACUCUAAUUGGUAGUGAAGAUAUUCAACCUGAAACUCAUAGCUAUGUCGAGACUCCACAUGUUACUUCUGAGGUAAUUUGCGAUUCUUCUGAUAAUGUUGGUGAAAGCAAUCAUGAGGAUGGUCAAGCUUACUCUGUAGCGGGUGAUUCUUGUGGGAAAAAACCAGUGAAUGAUGAUAUGAGUGGUGCUGGAGAUACUGCUACAACACAGGAGAAUUUGGAGGAUUGGGUGAAUCAUGCUGCCCCUCCUCUGUUAGCUGGGAGCAAGAAGACAGGCACAGAAGAUACCACCCCUAUGCAGUUGGAUGCCUGUGAACAUGACCUGGAUGUUCCAAUCACUGAAACAGACAUCAAGAAGUUGGCUUUUGAUUCAGGUGAUGUGUCCGGCGAUGGAAAUGAAAACAAAGUGUCUACUUUUUCAGGUGAAGGAAUUAAAGUUGGUACAACUACUGGAUUACAGCUCAAUAAUCCCGCCGAGGCUUGUCCAGCAUCAAACACAGAGGCUAAAGAUACAAAGCUGACAUCAUCGUGUGGUGAAGGUGAUGAGUUAGUUGACAGCGACAAGCAUAAGCCACCUUCAUGUGAUAUGACGUUGAGGGAUCAGAGUAAAGAAACUCAACCAAUUGCUUCAGUUUCAAUGGAACCCCUGGAGUUAAGUGAGCUUACCCAUGCUUUUGAAACUGAGAAGGGUGUACUGCCUGAUUCUGAAACCGGAGAAGCACAGGAAAGGGGUCAAUCUCUUCUAUUGGUCGAGCCUUCUGGUGGUGCUGUGCCUGAUGAAGGCCAUAAGGAGUCAAGUGAGCCUACCCCUGUUUUUGAAACUGACAAGGGUUCACUGGUUGACAUUGAAACAAGGGAAAUAGUAAAGAGAAGUGAUCAAUCUCUUCCUUUGGUAGAGCCUUCUAAUACCAUAUCUGCUGGAGGUCCAAAGGAGGUGCCUGAAAAGAUGGAUACUUCUUUUAGUGACUUGAAAGUGCAAAAUAUUGGUGCUGUAGCUGCACCUACUGAAAUGGCGAUGGGAGAAGCGGGAAGAAACUCGGGAGACUAUCCUUCUACCAUAUCAGAUAUUAGACAUGGCCGGUUCCGACCCAGCCCGGAUUUCACCGGUUUGUUGAACCGGAACCUUGGCCAUGCGGUUGCCAGCUGUUCUAUGGAAAUGGAUAAACCUGACCCGGUUGCUCCAACUGGCGUUAGAUGUACUGGUCUUUCAGAGAGCAUGAUAAACAAUCAGACACCUCUUAAAAGAGAUGUUGAAGAUAUUGGUAAAAUCGUAACAAAAGCAGAGAACUCUGUGGUAAAUGUUUCGACUGAAGAAGAGGGAACCUUCACUUUUGAUGUCAGGCCUUUGGGGGGUCAUUCUACAGGAGGUUCUGGCAAGGGUUCCCAAUCAUUUUCGAAAAUUCAAGCUUGUAAACUGUCUCUGACUGGUGGAGGAUCACCUUCAAAAUCUGGUAGCAACCUUACAGAUCCAGUUGAGGCGAAGGAAGUUUCUCAUGUUAGUUCUUUAACACCUCCAUCCAAAUCUGUCAGAGGUCCCUCAGAGCGUAAAACAAGACGUGCUAGUGGUAAAUCUGGUAAGGCAAGUGCAAAUAAGGGAAAUCAGGUGAAGGAAGCGACUCCUUUGGGGCAGCUGCCUGAAAAAUGGGAGAAAUCAUCCCAUUUUUUGAGUCCGUUAGAGGCCAGUCAACUUGUGAAUUUUGAAAGUGCUUACAAGGCAAGGGGGCCUAUUCCUAUUCCUACAUCCAGCUUGCCUGAUCUGAACUCUUCCGUUGCAUCACCUGCAUUCUUCCAGCAGCCUUUUACAGAUUUACAACAAGUGCAACUGCGAGCACAAAUCUUCGUUUAUGGAUCUCUUAUACAAGGAACUGCACCUGAUGAGGCUUGUAUGUUGCUUCCAAUCUCCCUUUUGGUACUUCCAUAUGUAAAUGCCCCUGCUACAGCUGUUAAAAUGAACGUUACAGUGACUAAUGAUGGAUUACCAUUGGAAGAUGCAGGUCCAAAAGCACAAGAUCAAACCAACAGUCAAAGUUUCCUUCAAAUUGAAGCUUUUACCCCUAUGUCUGGUCAAGCAAGUACUGGUCAAGCAAGUAAAAAGCCCAUUCCUUCUCCUGUUGUUAACCAGAUGCUUUCUCUCCCGUCACCCUUGUGGAAUGUAUCUACUGCAUCUGCAGAAGCUUUGCCCCCAGGCAGCACCUCCAGAAGUGCUGUUAUUGAUUAUCUGACUGGUACUCCCUUCAACCCUUAUCAGACUCCACCUGUACGGAACUAUGUGCCACAUACUACUUGGUCAUCACAGGCUCCUUUCCCAGUACCCUGGCUUGCCUCUUCACAAACCACUCCUUAUGAUGUCAGUACUACUUACCCUGCAUUUCCAGGCAUGAAAGAGCCUGUAAAGUUAGCUCCAAACAAAGAAUCAACCCCAGUUGUUUCCGCCAGUACAAGUUAUGCAUCUGGUAUUCCUACUAGUCAUACCAUUGUUUCUACUAAUGCUGAGGCUCCUUCAGUUGACUUGAAAAUGUUGAAAGCAUCAAGUGGACAAACUGUAGAUACAAAGACUAAGAAGAGGAAAAAGUCUUCUAGUGCUGAGGAUGCUGUAAGGUUAUCCGUGACCGCUUCAUUGGUACACACUGCCUCUUCUCCUGUAGUAGCUAGUCAGUUGUCGAACAAAGGCCCUGCAGUUGAGGCUCCUAGUCAGUUCCCUUUCACAGCACGAUAUCAAGGAGACCAGAUGCAUACACCUGUUAUUAGCAGUCAUUACUCUACAUCUGUUGCUGUGGCAACCCCUUCUAGCUUUGUGCAAAAAGGCUCUUCCUACCAUUUCUUCCCUGUGGUCUCACCAUCAAUUGCUAAUUAUCAACCCAAGGGAGGUGAUCUGAGUGUAGAUAAGAGGGCACAGAAAAUCGAGGAUUGCAGCAAGGUUGAGGAGGCUAAGUUACAAGCACAGGAAGCUGCCACCCAAGCUGCUGCUGCAAUUAGCCAAUGUGAAGGUGUAUGGAACCAGUUGGGUGAGCAAAAGCAAGCUGGCUUGAAAUCAGAUGCUCAGUGUAAAUUAGCCUCUGCUGCUGCUGCUAUAGCAGCUGCUGCUUCUGUUGCUAAGGCAGCAGCUGCGGCGGCUAAAAUUGCAUCAGCUGCUGCAUUGCAAGCAAAACAAAUGGCCGAUGAAGCAGUGACCACGUCUGGAGCUGUGGAUUCUAGUGGACAUGACGUUAAUUUGGUGAAUGCAUCUCCCAACUCCAUUUUGAGGGGCGGGGAUUCUAACAAUGCACCCGGCUUAGCGAUAUCUGCUGCGAGAGAGGCUGCUAAGAAAAGGAUUGAGGCUGCUUCAGCUGCCACACGGUAUGCUGAAAAUCUUGAUGCCAUUGUUAAAGCAGCAGAAUUGGCUGCAGAAGCAGUUUCGCAUGCUGGGAAGAUUGUCUCCUUAGGUGAACCGUUCUCCCUGAGCGGGCUUGCAGAAGCCGGGCCAAAUAACUACUGGAAAGUACCGCAGGUGGGUGUUGGGCCUGGUCUGAAGUCUAAUGACAAGAAGAAUAAAUCUAGCUCUAGCAAAGCUGGGGAGGUGCCUGAAGAUUAUAUGAACCGACAUGAGGAACCUGAUAAGGAUAUGUACAUUGCAAGUGAUGUUGAGCAAGCCGUUCAAGAGUUAUCUGGGAAUGUGGUGGAUGAUCAUGUCAACGUAGAAGAGAACAUUAUUGCCUCUGGAAAGCAUAGGGAGAACUUUAAACCUCAAAAAGAUGAAAAAGUAUCCAACUCGGUUAAUACUCCUGGUAUUUCUCACCCCGAUAUUGAGUCAAGAUCGACUUCACAUGUCCUAUCAAGCAUUAAAGAGGGUUCCUAUGUAGAGGUUCUAAAAGAUUGUGGUGAUUCGAAGAAGGCCUGGUUUUCAGCUAGUGUACUGAGUUUGAAGGAUAGUGAAGCCCUUGUUUUGUAUACUGGACUACAAUCUGCUGAAGGAUCUGCACAGCUGCAAGAGUGGGUAUCAGUAGAAGCCAAAGACGGUCAGGCACCAAAAGUGCGCGUACCCCAUGAUAUGACAACGUUGCAGUUUGAAGCAACAAGGAAGAGACGUCGAGCUGCUGCCAAGGACUACAAUUGGUCUGUUGGAGACAAAGUUGAUGCAUGGGUUCAAAAUUGCUGGCGUGAAGGAGUUAUUGCUGAAAAGAGCAAAAAGGAUGCAACUGGACUAACUGUUCAUUUUCCAGAGCAAGGGGAGUCAUUAACGGUCAAGGUUUGGAAUCUUCGGCCAACCUUAAUUUGGAGUGAUGGCCAAUGGACAGAAUGGCAUAGAGCAGGGCCGGGACCCGCUUCUCAGGGAGAUUCACCAGCAGAAAAGCGUCCGAAACUGGGAGGCAGCAGUAUUGAAGCAAAAGGAAAGACCAAAGUGGCUGAAAGUACUGAUUUUGCCGUGACACAGAGAAAUGAAGUUUCAAGACUGCCUUUGUCUGCGAAUGAGAAACUUUUUAAUAUUGGCAGUACAAAAUCGGAGAAAAAUAAGCCCAACAUGGUGGAGACAAAGAGGCCUGGUGUAGAAAAGCAACCAGGAUCAAGGGUUGUAUUUGGUGUCCCUAAGCCUGGGAAGAAGAGAAAGUUCAUGGAAGUCAGCAAGCACUACACUUCUGACAGGGUUGCCAAAACUAAUGUGUCUGAUGACUCAAUGAAAUUAUCUCAACUUUUGCCUCCUCUGGGAUCUGGGCCUAGGAGCUUCAAGCAUAACUCCAAGCCUGAUUCCAAGGACAAACAAGCUCCUGAGUCUAGACCGAGAUCUAUCAAGUCCGGGAGACCGCCAAGUGUUCCAAGUAGAACUUCAGUGCGGAAAGAUGACUCAACCUCAUUGCAACCUAAUGCACGCAGUACUGGUGGAUUGGGUACUGGGAAGGGCUCUGCUAGCAGCAAUGAUAGCGAAUUAGGUGAGCGAAAUACUGGUGAACUUAAUUCAUCCUCAAAAGUUGGAGGGACCUCUGCUGGCUCUAUUGUGUUUUCUUCUCAAGCUCGUACAAAAGAUAGCCGCAAGAAAACAGCAAGAAGGGAUUCUAGAUUUGAUCGGCUACACCGAGGUAGGCCCGCGCUUGCUAGUGAGAGAUCAGCGGACAAUGAAUCGAACGCGAAUUCAGUCCCUGAAGUUUCUGAACCCCGUCGAUCAAUUCGUCGAAUUCAGCCAACUUCAAGGGUAUAUUGAUCCUUUUCCCUUGCUCUAAUCCGUUUCUUUCUGUCAUGGCGCUUUUGUUGAUUUGCUUCACAUAUUUGUGAUUUCUUUGGCUUGUGAUUUAUUGUGAGAUAUGUGUGAAAUCA